AUGACAAAUUUAAAUGUAACUGGCAUAACCACAUUUAUUCCUCUCAGUAAUAAUACUAUGUCCAGGCGAAUCGAUGAAAUGGCGUAUGAUGUUGAAAUAAAAUUGAGUGAUAUUUUAAAUAUAUCAAACUUUUUAAUACAACUUGAUGAAUCCACUGUUACUUCCGUGCGAUAUGUAAACAUCAACGAAAAAAUUGCGGAAGAACUACUAUUUGCAAAAUCAUUAAACACGGAUACUAAAGGAUUAACCAUGUUUAAAGUAGUACAUAACUUUUUCAUAGAAAAGAGUUUUCCCAUGACAAAUUGUAUAGCUUGUGCGACUGACGGAGCGCCUGCAAUGAUUGGACGUCAACGUGGUUUUAUUGCACAUUUAAAAAAUGCAGUCCCUGGGAUUUUAACAGUUCAUUGUGUUAUUAACCGUCAAUAUUUAGUAUCUAAAAAUUUAAGUAAUAAUUAGUUGAAUACCAUGCGAUUUGUCAUAAAUGUUGUUAAUAAAAUCAAAGCUAAAUCAUUGAAUGACCGUUUGUUUCGACAAUUAUGCUACGAAAAUGAUGAAGACUUUGAACGCUUUGUUCUACACACCAAAGUUAGGUGGCUAUCAAAAGGAAAUUGUUUGACACGCUUUUAUAGUUUAUUUAAAACUAUACUAAAAUUGCUGCAGCCACUUAAUAAACAACUUUACGAUGAAUUACAUAAAAUAGACAAAUAUCGUAUACCUAGCAGAUAUUUUUGAAAAACUUAAUGAAGUCAAUACAAAUUUGCAAGGCGAUAAAAUUAAUUUUAUCAAAUCUAAGUCAAUUAUUAGUGCAUUUAUUUAAAAAUUAAGUCUUUUUAAAGAAAAAAUUAGUUGACGUGAAUUUAAUAAUUUUUCUAGCUUAUCAAGCUCAAAACUAAUUUUAGAUUCUGACUUAGAAAUAUACUGUACACACCUUGACUCAACUUUGGAAAGAAGUGGAAUUAUUUAUUAUAGCUUUUCCGUCGACAUAUCUGGUCGAAAAAGGCUUUAGUGCGGUUCAACAAUUUUUGACCAAAUCAAGAAACGAAUUAGAAAUAUGUGAAAGAGGAGAUUUAAGACUAAUGCUGACAUCUAUUGAGCCAUAUAUAAUUUCGCUAGCAGGAAACCAUCUACCUCAGGGGAGUAAUUAGUUACAUAAGUAUUUUUUGUGUUCUUAUUUUAUAUUAGCAAUUUCGAAAUCAAAUUAUAUAAUUCAUAUUAUUAGUAGGCAUUUAAAUAUAAAAUUAACUAAAUUGUAGCGUUAAAAUGUUAAAUUAUAUUUUUUCUUUAAUUAAAAAGUUUAUUGAAAAAUAAAAUGUUAAUCUUUUGAAAAAAUUGAUUGAAGGGGGCGGUAUGGGAUUUUUUAAAAUCUAAAAGGGGCGUUGAGUAAAAAAAGAUUGGGAAACACUGGUCUAAGUAAUGACGUCACACGUCCCGCAUCAUCGUCUAAGUUAAAAUGAUAUUAUUGUUUAAGAGGAUGUCGUACGUUUCAAUAUUGAAGACCGGUUGCGUGUAUUGUGGUGUACAUAUUUUAAUAUUAUAGUAUACAAGUUGAUUUUAUAACGAAAUUUCGUUUGAAAAAAUUAAUUUUUUAUCAACUAAAAAUAAUAAUUUAAAUUAAAUUUAAAUAUUAUUAUUAUAUCAACUAAAAAUAAUAUAAUAAUAAUAUUUAAAUUCACUUUCAAAUAAAUCUAUAAGUAUAGACCCGUGUCGUUAUUACACUGCAAGUAUAUACAGGGUGAUUAUUUUAUCAUAAUCCACUGGAUUUUCUCGGAAGAUAUUAAGGGAAUUAAUAAUAAUAAUAAUAAUUUAUUCAACUAAAAUAAUGAUAAAAUACAAUUUAAAAUUAAAAUUGUAUAUAUUAUGAGCUUCUAAAAAACCCUCCCCAUUAAUCAAACUUGUAGCGAGAGAAGGAAAUUCGAUUUCUGGUUUUUUUUUUUUAUAAUCAUUAUAGGUAGAGUCGGUUUAUGUUUUAUUUUAACACUAUUUUUAAAUUUUAGCCCAACUACGUAUUGUAAAAUUAAAAUUAUCUAUUGAAAUUAUAAAAUGGCUAAUAUAUUUAUUAGAAGAAAAAUCAUGACAAAUUCAGUAGGUACUCAGUACAGAACUAUUUUUCGAUUCCAAUGAUUUAUCGUAAUACUUUUAGUAUAUAAAUUAAACUAUUACCUUGUACCUUCUACACCUUUAAAACUUCCCAUCUAUUGCAAUAGUUUACCCGUGGUGUCAAAGUUCGACCGGCUCUUUUUUGUUUUGUAGGAAUUUCACGGUUGUUUUAAGUUUUAACAUGGAAUUGUAUUAUCUAUAUAAUAUUACUAUACAUGUAUCUUACUUCUCCUUCGCCUCCAUCUCAACUAUUUCGUGUCAGUCAUGCCUCCUCCUCUAAACACCUUAAUACCUCUCACCUGUUGUCUCCGCGCACAUCCGGGAUGGGACAAUCCGCCCUAGUCUUGUUUAGAACUCCUCGUAUUGUUUGACAGAAUUAUACAUAGGUUGUCGAUCUGAUGCAACCCUAUUUGCAACGUCUUGCAACUUGUAGAGAUACCGUAAGAGUACUUUGGUUCCCACCCAUAGGUACCCAUAUAUAUUAUAAUAUCUUAAAUUGUUUUACUUAAAAAUAAUCAUUUUAAUAAUUAACAUAUGAAUUGGAUUUACUUCAUGUUUGUAUGCGUACUAACCUAUACGUGUUUGAGUUUGAUUUUAACAAAUCGCUUAUAGUAAAAUGUAUAUUUAAUUCAGUAUUAUAAACGCGUUUAAGACGUUUCCUCUUAGAGUCUAUUUCGUAAAAUGAAUUAAUACAUUAAUUCGUCUCUAAUAAUUAUCAAAAUAUUUUGGUGGCGAGAUUCUCCAGUAAAGAUAAUGUAUUGAAUUUAAAAAAAAGUAUAUAGUUAUUUAAUUUAUUUGCAUGCCUAUAUUAUAUAAAUUUAUAUAUUUUUGGAUACAUUUGUUCUACUGUUCGAUUUUCGACUUCUAAAUUAAUAUCACCAGUUCAAAUAAUUUAUUAUUUUUGACGAUAAUAUUUUCAGAUUUUAUUCGCGUAUGUUUUUAUCUCUAAAAUUAUUAUUUACAAAAAACAACAAGACGAUGCGAAUUUAUUGUUUUUCCAAACUAAUAUCGUUAAUUUAAUUAUUAUUUCGUAAAGGAAAAAAAUACCUUAGAAAUAUUUCACUUGAUUGUUAACAAACUUUUUCACUUUCGUAAUUCUGUGUAUAAUUUAAUGCCUAUUGAUUUUUUUUUUUUUCUAUAACUGACGUAAAUAAAAUAUUGCUCACAUUUUUCAUAUAAUUUACAAGUAGAUAUUUAUAAUUUUAUUUUCAUAAAUGUUACGAAUAAUUUGAAUUGAUUUUAACUGAUAUGUUUUUAAAAAAUAUAUAUUAUACGACGUAAAAAAGAAAAGUAAAAAUGUAUUGUAAUGUUCGCCAACACGCGUUUGUUUUACAUUUUCUUUUAACGACAUUUAAUUUAAAUUUAUAGAUAAGUAUUUUACACAAUCUGGGAAAUCUUAUAAAAUACGAUUUCGUCAACAGUUAUACUUUGAGAACGAGAAAUGCACUUAAAGACUUUGGAAUUAGAACCAAAAUACCUCAUACAGUAGUGAAAACCUCAAUUUCAUAUAGUAAAAUGUAUCCAAUUGAUUUUUUACAAAAUAUUAAAGAAUAUCUAAGUGACACAGCCAAUAAAGUUUCAAAAAAAAAAGGUGUAUAAACAAACUAAAAAAGCAUAUUUAUACAUUUUAUAAUACGUAAUCAUUUUUAAACAAUAUUCUGAUAAAUACAAAUUUUGUAACACAGUUCCAGCAGAACUAUUGAACUACACUUUUGACGAACGGCUUGUUGUAUCGGGAAUCGUGUACUUAGGACUACCUAGUCUCAUUCUGAAGCUCGACUUCUGUCUGAAUGCCCCUAUCACAGAAAAUAAACGUAAAAAUAUAACUUAAUAUAUAAUAGGCUUAGGUAUUAUUAGGUAUCAAAUAACACAUAAUUUAUUUAAUUUAGUUUAAAUUGUGUUUUUAGUGAAAUACUUUGACAAAAGAAUAAAAUCACCCGAAAAGAAUUCGGAACUAUUUCAUUCGUGCGAAAAGAUUUGCGACGGUAAUAAACAAAUAAAUUCAUACAAAUCCAACGAAAAAGUUCAAAGAAAAAUAAAUAAACUAAAAGAACAAAAACAAAAACAAGUUGAAUUUGAUCAAAUCAUUAUCAAUUAAAAAUGUGAAUUAUUAUAAUCUUAAUUAAUUUUUAGAAAAAUAUUAUCCGUAAUGUAGAACUUUACCGCCCGACGCAUCCUUUAGAUGCGUUAUUUGUUAAAAUUCCAUUGGAUGAUACAUCUACGGGAGACAAAAAAUUGAAUGAAUCUGUUAAAAGUAAAGGAAUGGAUAAAAUCAACAAUUAUAAUAAACCAGAAAAGAGUGGUACGUUCGUGUAGGCUUUCAAAUUAAACGUGUCUAAAUUAAUUAUGUUAUUGACAAUAGUACUUUUUAUUUUUAUUAUUAUUAUUAUUUUUUAUUAUGUUAGUUAAGUUGGACUUAAUCCAGUCCAGUAGUAUUCCUAAGAUUAUUGUUACGAACGGAAAAUCUGAUGAUGACGGCGACGUAACAAAUAGUAAAACUGCUGUUAAAGCCGAAGAUAACACAAAUGUAUCCGAAACUAGUUUUAACAAAAGAGAAAAGCAGAGAGCGUCUAAUCGUUUUGACGAUUUUACAAGGUUUCUGAGUUUCACAUCGUAUUUAACUGAUUUCAGUAGUAUCGACUUGAGUGAUUUGCACUAUUUAAAUGAUCCACAACGCAACAGUUUUAAAAGUUCGGUUUCUUUUAAAUACGAAUACGAUGCGGUGGAAGAAGAAUCGGACGUAGAAGAAGCGAUAGAAGAUGAAGAUUUUUCAUUUUUAAUUGACUACGAUCAAGUAAAAAUCGAAGACUGUGAAAAUUUCAUUACAAAUUUAAAUAGUAGAGAAUUUGAGGAUUUAUUUGAAAGUCGUCUUGAUAUAGAUGUUCACAAUGAUCAGUCUAUGGACAAAUUAAAUAUUAAUGAAAAAUCAUCGCAAAUGAUUGAAAAAUCUUCUAUGGCUAAGAUUAUGGAUAACCAGUCAAAGACCGAGGGCAAAAUUAUUAGAAUGUUCAAUCGUGAAAUAAACGCUUUCCCAAAUUAUCGAUUGCAUACGCUCUGUGUAAAAAAAAAAAAGCGGACAUCUGCCAUCAGGUAUUUUAACAUGAUAUACGAUACUAUAAUAUAGAAUAUUAAAUUAAUGAAUGUUCAGUCAGGUUAAUGAGAAUGGAAAAUCGAAUAUUUGUGAUACGUUAUCGGUUGAUGAUAAUAUACCUGAACGAUUAUCGAAAGCCGAGGAGUUGGAUAUAAAACAUGAAGAAACGGAUGAAAUACAGGUACUUAUCUAAUUUUAUUAUGAACAUUGAUAUUAUUACUCAGUUUUAAAAAAAAAAAAUUGUUUUCAUUGAGUAUAAUAUAUUAGUAUGUAAGUGAUAACUAGGCCCAGGGUUUAUAUGUAUUGGUAUGUUUUGUUGACGAAAAGCGAAAAUUACAUCAUGCAAUGCUUUACGUAGAUUUUUUAAGUAUGUAUAAAAAAAAAACGGAUACACUUCGCACGGUGGGUGGACCACUGUUGGAAGUGAGAAGUUGGGAAGGUAGGACAUUGAGAAGAAUUUAAUGUAUAUCUGUACACAAUGAUUAAAAUAUACAAAUAAAAAACGAUUCUGAUCGGAGUUUGGUUAUAGAUGACGGUUUUCAUCAAAAUUUGAUACUAAAAUAAAAAUUCUACAUUAUACUCCCUUUUUAUUAUUAUUAUUUUUUAUCACAAAUUAUGAUUUAAAAUAAAUCUCCUGUUAAAUUUACAAUCAUUUCUGUUUGGACUUUUGUCCACAGAGUAUCUAACGAAUACCUCGUUCCACUCAGAAUCUAAAAUAUAUUAAGAUUUAACAGGAAAUCGAUUAUUUAAAAUACUAUUAUAUAGUUAUUUUCGUAUUUCAAGUGUCUGUUAUAUCAUAGUUGUUUGGCAUAUUAUAACAUAUUUAAUUAUUUAGCGUGAUAUAUUGUUUGGAAAAUAAAACUUUGCAAAAUAUUUUUGUAUACUAAAUGUUUAUUUAAUAAUAUUUUUUUAGUAUGUUUUAGCAUAUUUUAAAUAAACUAAAUUCAUAUUUUGAUAAUGUUUUAUGGUACAUAAAUCUAAGCCCUAUAUAGUGAUAAUUGUAUAACAUACAUACUGUAUACUAUAUAGUAUUGCAUAUAGAUACAUGUACAUACUGCAUGAGUUAGUUUUUUAAAUAAACUUUUUCAGCUUUGAAUUGCUAUUAAAACCGACAUUUAUACCUAUUGAUCAUUUUUUUCCUGCAGAUAAAACCGCACAUCUACGAUGAAAUCCUUGCGACAGUACGGAAAUUGCCUAGCCAAAAUCAGUUAAUAGUAAACUACACCCGAAUAUUUAUUAGACGCGUGGUUUUUUAAUACAAUAUUAUUAUGUUUAUUAGUUAUUUUUGAAAUUUCUGGCUAUAUUAGGAGACCCGAUUGCAAGUUUACCGGAAGUAACAGAGUUAGAAGUGAUAAGCCAUUGGUUUAAGACCCAUUUGAAUCCUAAUAAACUGCCACUCACACCGGAAAUAAAAUGUCGAUUCGGACAAAAUACUUUCAAUAGUACCUACCUAAAUAUAAUAUAUAUAUUAUAUCAGUAUAUUACCUGUAUAAAUAUUAAUACGGAUUCUUAUUCGGCUUAAAAAUCGAUUUACAGCUGAGUUGUUGAACACCUUAGACAAGUCGUGCAAGGGAUUUCAGAGACCUGAAACGCCGGGAGACAUGCCCAUUUCAUCAAACCCCUGUGAUGAGGAAAAACAUGACGAUAGCGUUUUAUGUGGACACAGGAUAUGA